ACGCCCUCCUCCCCGCGACGAGCCGACGACGCCCUCCUCCCCUAGACGAGCCGACGACGCCCUGCUCCCCUCGACGAGCCGACGAAGCCGAAGAGCCGACGACGCCCUCAUCCCCGCGACGAGCCGACGACACCCUCCUCCCCGUCAGCCCAACAAGCAACGUAGGGACCUAAGCAUAGUCAACGCUCAAAUCCACACGCAGAAAAGCCCUCUCGCUCUCAUUCUGGAAUCUCGAAACCCUAAUUCAAUUCCCUCCAAGCCUCCGUCGAUCGUGUCGAUCGUUUCUGAGUUUGGGAUUCGCUCCGCUCCUCAGAAGUUCGGUCGGUCAAUUGGUUUUUGGUUAUUUGGGCUUUUUUUUUGGCAGGACACCAUGGCAACUAGAAUUCAAUUUGAGAAUUGUUGUGAGGUUGGAGUCUUCUCCAAGCUAACAAAUGCAUACUGUUUGGUUGCAAUCGGUGGAUCAGAAAAUUUCUACAGUACAUUUGAAGCUGAGCUUGCUGAUGUUAUCCCUGUGGUCAAAACUUCAAUUGCAGGCACUAGGAUUAUUGGUCGACUUUGUGUAGGGAACAAGAAUGGGCUUCUCUUGCCGCAUAACACCACUGACCAAGAGCUUCAACACUUGAGGAACUGCUUGCCUGACCAAGUGGUUGUUCAGCGCAUUGAGGAGCGACUGUCUGCUUUAGGCAAUUGUGUUGCUUGUAACGACCAUGUCGCUCUUACCCACACUGAUCUAGACAGAGAAACAGAGGAGAUCAUUGCAGAUGUACUUGGUGUGGAGGUUUUUAGGCAGACAAUCGCUGGCAACAUCCUUGUUGGUAGUUAUUGUGCAUUCUCCAACAGAGGCGGCUUGGUUCAUCCACACACAUCAAUUGAGGAUCUCGAUGAGCUUUCUACUCUUCUCCAAGUCCCUCUUGUUGCAGGAACUGUGAACAGAGGAAGUGAAGUGAUUGCUGCUGGCAUGACUGUCAAUGACUGGACUGCUUUCUGUGGAUCUGACACUACUGCAACUGAGCUCUCUGUGAUCGAGAGUGUUUUCAAGCUGCGGGAAGCUCAGCCUAGCUCCAUUGUGGAUGAGAUGAGGAAGUCUCUUAUCGAUAGUUACGUAUGAUGGGUUUUAGUUGUUGCAGACCUUGAUGCAAGUACACGAUAUUUGUUGUCUUUCAUUUUUAUGCGUAAUGUUUGGUAAUUUCGCUUGGAAUUGUUCAUGAAAAUUUUUGUCGCUUCUCUGUGGCAGAAAUUGUUGAAUCGUGCUUAAGAAUUUUGUUUGGUUUUUUUUGUU